GUGGAAAAAUAACUUUAUGGCUUCGGAUCGGGCUCUUUCUCUUGCAUCCACUGACACCCUGUUCAGUGCAGACUCCACCGAGUUCUGCCCGAUUCCUGAUCAUGCUCGAUUCCUCGCUUGCGGCACUUACCAGCUCACCGACGAACGACAAAAAAGCAACGAUGCCCAAGUCCGUAAAGGCAAACUGUACCUUUUCCAAGUAGAACCUAAUGCUACAACCACAACCAACUCCCUACUGCAACAAAAGCAGGUGAUUGAGACACCUGCUAUUCUCGACAUGAAAUGGAGUCACGCGCUCGUUAACGAUCGUCCAGUACUUGGUGUGGCUGACUCCAUUGGUGGCCUUCAAUUAUACGCAAUCGACAAUCAGCAGUUCAAGCCAGACACGCAUGUCCAAGUAACAGAGGAUGACACUGUCCUUUGCUUGUCGCUCGACUGGGCCAGCCGUGUUGGUCGUAGCAUAACACCUUUGAUUGCAACCUCGCAUUCCAAUGGCGAUUUGUCACUUGUCAAAGCGAAUGAAACAGAUUGGCUUGUUGAACAUCAGUGGCAUGCGCACGACUUGGAAGCAUGGAUUGUCGCGUUCAACUAUUGGAAUCCACACACGCUCUAUUCAGGCGCUGAUGAUGCCACGCUUAAAGUUUGGGACACGCGUACGUAUCAGUGCACCAGCACCAAUCGACGACAGUACAUGAUGGGUGUUACGGCUAUGCAGUCGUCACCACACAACGAACAUACUCUGGUAACCGGUAGCUAUGACGAACACAUACAUUUCUGGGAUACACGAAAUAUGCGCACGCCUCUUUCUGAAGUGCAUACACCGGGUGGUGGCAUUUGGCGUCUCAAGUGGCAUCCUACACGAUCAGAUCGGUUAUUGUCAGCAUCAAUGCAUGCGGGUGCUUUCGUCAUUGACACGGAAAACUCGCAAGUCGUUAAAAGUUUCCUCGACCAUAGAUCCAUGGCAUACGGUGCCGAUUGGUCGUUCCAACAGCCGGAUCUUGUUGCCUCAUGCUCGUUUUAUGAUCACAUUAUGCACAUUUGGGAUGGAGCAACGUAGGAAAACAAUAAAAAAACG